AUGGUGGAAACAACAGCACCAGCUCGCAUUCCAUUGGCAGUGCCCUCGUCAAUCCUCUUGACCUCCGCCAUUGCCCACCCGGCACCUCACCACGCACACGGGCUGAGCUCUGACUGCUCCAGAACGCACGGAGAGAAGCGGGGGGCAGAAGGCUGCCAGCCCCGAAAAUGGAGUUGCAAAGGGUUCGAACGGGAUUCUAAGAACCUCUCAUCGCCGUACGCUCUCAAACCGUCAAACCGUCACACACGCUCUGCCUCCCUCGUCUUCGCGUGGCCAUCCACCCACAGCUAGUUGCCAUCCGCAAGGAAAACCUGCGGUUGUUGCGAGGAGAAAUAGUCACAGCAUCCGCCGAUAUCCUGCCGACAGGUGGGAAAGCUCUUGCGCAUACGCGGUGACAGGUGCUGGCAAGAGGAGCAGGGAGAAGGCGCGAAGGCGGAAACGAGCAGAGGGGAUCCAGGUCGAAAGGAAGGAGCGCAACAUGAGCGAGAGCCUGGACGCAUCGCUGUCGGGGUUCGUCAACGUGCUCGGAGUCUUGGUGUUUGUGUCCAUCACCGUGUACCACGUAGUGACGGCCAACCGAAAAGACAUUGCGUCAUGACGUACCGAUCGAGAGGUUUUUGUCGCGCAGAUGCUGCGAGCCAAAGUAACGCAUGGUAGUUAAACUAUCGAUGGGCGCCACCGCUGAUUCUCGCCAUAGAUGCUCGCUUUCGUAGCACUCCCGGUAUUUGGGCCCUGCUUCUCGAUCGCGUUUGUCAGUCGGAAGGCAAAACGCUUAGGCGUAUUUCGUGUGUUUUGUGUGUGUGUCUCUACAUUCGACGGACCAAACGAUGGGACUAUUUUCCGGGGCGGGGUCUGUGGUCGGUUUUCGUGCGCCAUCGGCGUAAAAGAGCAAGGUCAUGGCGCUCAUCAGCGCACGCUUGUAUCGCUGCGCCUGUUCUUGAUGUGCGUGCGAUUGCUGCAAAUGGCUGGAUUUGGCUUCAAGUAUGUGGGAUCUUGGAGAACAUUUUUUUUUGUAGGUUGAAUCCUUGAUUGAAAUCGAUUUUGGGCGCAAGUGGUAAGUCCAAUUUUAUUCUUUCGGUGGUUUCGUUUCUGUUGCGAUGCUUGGCGUCGAUAGCAUCACGGCUGCAAAGGGAAGGCCCGCCCUUUGCGCUGUGAGCUGGCGUUGGUUGAAUCUUGAAUUUCUUCACCAAGUUUCACCCUGAGAUGGUACGCCGCGCUUGGAACCAUGCUUACGGCGCCCGGAGUGCAUCACCGGGAUGUAUUCUCCCCUGUCUUCUGAAAACAUUCCAGUGGCUACAGUAGUGAAGCCGCCGGAGUCAUCGUCUGAAGAAUGGAGUGAUCUACACCUCUGAUACAUGUACCCUGGCAGC